GCUGGUGCUUGUUCCUACCCCCCUCCCCGCUCCGCCGGAUGGAAGCUCCCCCCAGCCUGGGCCCGCCGAGUGGUACGUUCCCAGCUACUACAAUCGCUGCCGAUGUAGCAGCAUCUCCACAGCCCAGCCUCUCGACGGGCGGCUCCGCAGCAGCCCCCCCCGCCCCAGAGCCUGGCCGCGGCGGCGUGUGCGCGACUGACCCAGCGAGAAGGAGCGAGCGAGCGAGCGAGAGAGAGAGAGAGAGAGAGAGAGAGAGAGAGAGAGAGAGAGAGAGAGAGAGAGAGCGAGCACGCGUGCUGUGUGGGCCCCGGAGGAUGAGCGUCGGCCAGCCUGCCCUGUGACCUGGAGUUCCCACGGCGCCCCUGGCUCUGCGUCCCGCUCCGCCUCGCUCCGGGAUGUCGUCCCCGGGUUCUUCUGACAGCGCCACGCGGGACUCCUGUACGUUCUCUGCUCCUUUCCCUUCUUGCGUGCGACGGACUUGCGCAGCGGAGUUGGACUCUGAGCAGGAGCAGAAGACACUGGACACGGAGCAGGCUCAACAGAUCAAGCUGAAAGAGAGGCAGAAGUUCUUCGAGGAGGCCUUCCAGCAGGACAUGGAGCAGUACCUCUCAGCAGGGUACCUUCAGAUCACCGAGAGGAGAGAACCGAUAGGAAGCAUGUCCUCAAUGGAAGUGAACGUGGACAUGCUGGAGCAGAUGGAUCUGAUGGACAUGUCCGACCAGGAGGCCCUGGACGUCUUCCUGAACUCGGGAGGAGAAGACAACAGCGUGGCCUCGCCGAUGCUGGGUCAGGAACCGGAGCCUUUCCCGCCCACAGAGAUCACGCUCCAGGUGCCCACGCAGGCCGAGCUGCGGCACAAGCUUUCCUCGCCAUCCUCCUCCUGCAAGCACUCGGGCAGCCAGGAGGCCGGCGAACGUCCCGCGGUGCAGCGGGACGGGGCCCUGGCUGAGAGGGGGGCUGUCGAGCAGCCGGACGACAGUGACUCGCGGGCCACGUAAACGGCGACGCGGUGACAAUGAGCUUGCUGUGCAAUCUGUGUUUUCGGAUUUUUCUUUUAUAUUAAAAAGUUCUGUCUUGUAUCUAAUGCUCAACAGUAUUGUGUGGUAAUUACAGCCCAUCCAUAUCUCAGAUUGUUUAACAAUAAAUUCUUC